AAUUAGAAUUUAUUAUUCUAAUUCACAUAUAAGUAGGAACUCCAAAUCUGGGAAUUGUUAAAAUGAUCUUUUUUUGUUGUUGACAGAAGCAACAAUAUAAGAAUUUUCCACUUCAAGAAAUAGAUGAACUUUGAAUCUUGAAAUUCAAGUUUAGACUAUACCCAGAUGCGAGAAAUCAAAAUUAGUGAUUUAUUUUAGUGAUCAUUCUGAUAAAGAAUUGGAGUGUAAUUGUUAUUUGAGUUUUCCCCCGAAUGGUGGUAUGGCAGCCUAUUGUCCAUGCCAGUUUAGUAUGGGUCGGACUGGGGCAAUCCAUCUUCAAGAUUGUCACCUAAGAUGUGGAAAGAUUUCAAGGUUCGGAAUUGGGUUUUCAUAUUCAUAUGGGUCUGUGUUGCGAAGGAAGCUCAAAUGGGUUGAAAGGCCAAGACUGAAGCUUCUUGUCAGUGCUGAGCUCUCCAAUGCUUUCUCUGUUAACGUUGGCUUGGAUUCUCAGCCCCGUGGUAUAUCAAAGUUACCCUGGAUUGGCCCUCUACCUGGCGACAUUGCUGAGAUAGAGGCAUAUUGCAGAAUCUUUCGAGCUGCUGAACAACUUCAUAACACAUUAAUGGACACACUAUGCAAUCCAGUGACUGGAGAAUGUAGUAUCUCAUAUGAUGUGCCCUCAGAAGAUAAACAUUUACUGGAGGACAAAAUAGUUUCUGUUCUAGGAUGCAUGGUAUGUCUUCUAAACAAAGGGAGGGCGGAUGUUCUAUCUGGGAGAUCCUUGAUCAUCAACACAUGUAGUGAUUUUGAUGUGCAUGUAAUGGAUGAUAAGCUUCCUCCACUAGCUUUUUUCAGAGGUGAAAUGAAGAGGUAUUGUGAGAGCUUGCAUGUUGCUCUUGAAAACUUUUUAACACCUGAUGAUCCUAGGAGCAUUGAUGUAUGGAGAAAGCUGCAAAGGCUGAAGAAUGUAUGUUAUGAUUCUGGAUUUCCCCAUGGAGAUGAUCAUCCCUGCCAUACAUUGUUUGCUAACUGGGAUCCUGUUUAUUUUUCAUCGGAAGAAGAGACACAGUCUGCAAAUUCUGAGGUUGCUUUUUGGAGAGGUGGCCAGGUAACUGAAGAAGGUCUAAGAUGGCUGUUGGAGAGAGGGUUCAAAACUAUUAUAGAUCUCAGAGCUGAGACUAUAAAGGACAACUUCUAUGAAAAAGUUCUGGAUGAAGCCAUUUUCUCAGGAGAUAUUGAAGUUCUUAAACUUCCUGUUGAAGUUGGCACAACACCUUCAGUGCAGCAGGUUGAGAAGUUUGCAGCAAUGGUCUCUGAUGUAUACCGAAGACCCAUAUAUCUCCACAGCAGGGAAGGAGUUUGGAGGACAUCAGUUAUGGUCUCUAGAUGGAGACAAUACAUGACUCGUUACACACCAAAGUUUGUGCCCAAUGCCAAUAAGGAUGUCACCUCCAGUGGGAAUCCAUUGUGUGGUAGUAGUAGAACGCAGGACGAAGGCACUCUACCUAACUCAGAAGAAAAUGAUACUCUUACUUAUGCAGGUGUUUCUGCAACUGAUCAUGAAAAUGGGACGCUGCCUACAAGAUCAAACAACAUAACUUCUGCUGGGAAACUACUUAGACAAAUUCCUGAAGCUAGGGAGAACAAAUACCUAAACAAGAGUGUAGCUGAUGAUACUGUUGCAUCCACUUGGAAAGGCACAUUGCUUGCAGCUGAUAGUGGGGUAGCAUCCUGUACUAAUGAAAACCCUCUUAAGUCUCAACUGCCCCCCUCUAAUUUGUUCUCCCGAAAUGAGAUGUCUACAUAUUUCAGGAGUAGGAAGGUUUCACCGGCGAUAUAUUUCACUCAAGAAAAGAAAAGAUUGGAAAUACCUAAAGGGAAUGAAAUCAUAGACAGUUAUGCUGGGGACAGAGCUAUAGAGUUUCAAAAUCCAAAUGGGUCAUCUAGCAAUAUGCAUUUACCAAUGAAAUCUUCAAAUUCCUCUGCGAAUACAAAAAAGUAUGGGACCCAUAAUGGUUGUGCAGCUCCAAUUUUGAAUGGAUCCAACAACAGUAAAAUACAUACUUCUGUUAAAAAUAGUGAUUCUAUUGAUGCAACUAGUGAGUUGGAUACUAAUGAUGUGUUCUCAGCCACAUCCACAGAAAGGAGGAACAUUGAGGCCCCCAGACCUUCAGUUGAUGCUAACAUGGAGCUGUUUGAAGGAAAUAUGUGCGCGUCCACAACUGGUGUGGUAAGAGUGCAGUCCAGAAAGAAGGCAGAGAUGUUCUUGGUUCGAACGGACGGGUUUUUGUGCAACAGAGAAAAGGUAACAGAAUCUUCCUUGGCCUUCACUCAUCCUAGCACCCAGCAGCAGAUGCUUUUAUGGAAAUCCACGCCUAAGACCGUUCUCCUUCUAAAGAAGCUGGGACAAGAACUCUUGGAAGAAGCCAAAGAGGUUGCUUUUUUCUUGUAUUACCAAGAGAAAAUGAAUGUUCUUGUUGAACCGGAGGUGCAUGAUAUAUUUGCUCGAAUUCCAGGCUUCGGCUUCGUUCAGACCUUUGACAGUCAAGAUACCAGUGAUCUUCAUGAAAGGGUUGAUUUUGUUGCCUGCCUAGGAGGAGAUGGAGUUAUACUCCAUGCUUCUAAAUUAUUUCGAGGUGCUAUCCCACCUGUUGUGUCAUUUAAUCUAGGAUCCCUUGGAUUUCUCACUUCCCAUACAUUCGAGGAUUAUAAGAAGGAUCUAAGACAAGUCAUUCAUGGGAACAGAACUCUGGAUGGUGUCUAUAUAACUCUACGAAUGCGUCUUCGAUGUGAAAUAUUCAGAAAUGGGAAGGCAAUGCCUGGAAAGGUGUUCGAUGUCCUAAAUGAAGUUGUAGUUGAUCGUGGUUCUAAUCCGUAUCUCUCCAAAAUUGAGUGUUAUGAACACGACCGCCUCAUUACAAAGGUGCAAGCUGAUGGGGUCAUAGUAGCCACACCAACUGGAAGUACAGCUUAUUCCACGGCUGCUGGAGGUUCCAUGGUGCACCCAAAUGUUCCUUGCAUGCUCUUCACACCAAUCUGCCCACACUCGCUCUCAUUCAGACCUGUCAUUCUUCCAGACUCUGCAAGGCUGGAAUUAAAGAUUCCAGAGGAUGCACGCAACAAUGCUUGGGUCUCCUUUGAUGGGAAGAGACGACAACAACUGUCUAGAGGAGAUUCUAUUCGAAUAUGUAUGAGCCAGCAUCCGCUUCCUACAGUCAAUAAGUGUGACCAAACAGGCGAUUGGUUUGGUAGCUUGAUCCGUUGCCUGAAUUGGAACGAAAGACUAGACCAGAAAGCACUCUGAAGCUAACUUCAACUAUUUGUCAUCACAUUUAUGUUUAAAAAAAAUGUACAGUCAUAUUAGAACAACUGAAUUGCAGAAGAUCCACUUAACAGAGUAGAAAAUCCUUUUUUCCCCUACGGAGUUUAUGGACCUCUUUGAUAGAAGUGUGGCAGCUUCCUUCUGUUAAAGCGUUGAUCACCUGUUUUACAUUGGGCAGAUAAUGCCUUAUUGCAUCAUGAAAUACUUUUUUCUUGAGGCUCUAUUUAUUAAAUGGAAAUGUUGAUUCA